AUAAAUUUGAUAGUGAGAUAGGAAUGAAAUAACAACAUGAUUAGUAAGUCAACUCUACUAUUUGCUGCAUGCCAAAAAAGUCAAUGAAAAAUAUAAUAUUAAGCCAACUUCAACCGACUAAACUUGAUCUAUUUAAAAGAUCGAAGAGGCUGAAAGCAUUGAUCGACCGAUCAAGAUGGCGGCGGAGGCGGCAGUGUCCACGGCGGUGCUAAAGCUGGGGGAUUUGCUGACGCGGAAUGCGGAUUUUCUACGAGGCGGCGGCGCCAUCGGAGUGGGCCAGCAGCUGAAAGAUGAGCUCAAAGGUCUGCAGUGUUUCCUCAGAGACGCAUCGGGAAAGCAAGCUGACGACGUGGCAAUACGCGAUUGGAUAGCCGAGACCGGAGAGGUGGCUCACGACGCGGAAGACGCCGUCGAGGUAUUCAUUUUUAAGGUUGAGAGAGCAAGAAUUGUGCUUGCGAGUUUUGCUUCCUCUCUCAAACAUAAGUAUCUCCUCAAAAGAUUCAGUAGAUCGAUCAAUUCCAUCCGGAAAAGGCUCCGAGGCAUCGAGGGACGACGUUCGAGUCUCGGGAUUCAAGAUCUUUGUUGGGCCUAGCGACGGAGUAGAGUCGCCAAAGAGAUUACCAAAAUUGUCUGAAUGGCAAAAAGACAAACACAUAGUGGGCAUGGAGAAAGACGUAGAACUGGUGCUUGAGAAGGCAAUCUUGAACGAGGGAUACGACAUUUCCAUCUCCGCCAUCGUAGGCGAGGGCGGUACCGGCAAGUCUACACUUUCAAGGGUUUUAUUUAACCACGCGGCCGUGGGGGAUCGAUUUGAGCGGCGUGCUUGGGCUGUGGCUUCGAAGGAACGCAGGCCAAGAGACAUAAUCAAGGACAUAUAUUUGCAGGUUAAGAGUGGAGAAACGAUGGAGUGGGAAUUGAUACUUUUGGAGAGAUUGGAUUUGUCGGAGAUUAAACAACGGCUGGAGGGCAAAAGAUAUUUCAUAGUUCUGGAUGAUAUGUGGGACGAUCCGCAGUGGAACGACGCCAUCGCCGGAGGUUUCCCAGAUGAAGAUACAGGUAGUAGGUUUCUGCUUACACUUCGUACUCCAGAUCUUAAAGACAACUCUGGAUAUGUUCAUACUAUGAAAUGUUUAGACUCAGACGAAAGCUGGAUCUUGUUCAUGAACACCGUAUCCGGUGGAAAAUGAGUAGAUCAAGAUUUGGAGGAUAUAGGAAGGAAAAUCUUGAACAAAUGCGACGGCCUUCCAUUAGCAAUUACCUUGGUAGGAGGCCUACUGAUGAAGCUGAAGAGGUCCAAGACUGAAUGGGAGAAAGUUCUAGAAGAAAUGGAAUCUCAUCUAAACAGAAGCAGCAACAACACCAUGCAU